UAAGCAAAAUGUCAACGGCCGAGGCAACAACAGCGGACAGUCAGUCGCCGGAGAAUGUGGAGGAUGUGGAAUUCGUGGACCUGGCGUUCACAAAGGAGUUGCGUAAAGCCACAAAGGAUGUGCAUAACCUGACCGAUGUGCUUGUUAAUGCAAAGUUCGCACUAGCCCUUUCCGAUGACGAGGUGUGGUACGAUGGACUCUUGGCCUUCUACGAGCUGUACAAAUUCUUCGAGACCCAUCUGCCGGAGCGUCUGCUGCCCAAGGAAUUCUACAGAACAGCGGCAUUCGAGCGGGAUUUCGACUAUUUCUAUGGUUCCGAUUGGAGGGAGACCUACGAAGUGCGACCGGCGGUGCAGAAGUAUCUGGAGCACCUGGAGAAGAUUGCCGCCCAGAACGAACUGCUGCUGUUCGCGUACUCCUACCAGAUGUACAUGGCUCUGAUGUCCGGCGGACAGAUGCUGCAGAAGAAGCGCAUGAUUGCCCGAAAACUUUGGAUCUUCUCCAAGGGCGACGGCGAGGAGCAGCAGAAGCAGGCCGACAAGGAGGCCGAGGUGGCCACCGCCAGGGCUGCAGAUUCUACGCUGAACGAGGAUGACUUGCAGGCCAGACCCAUGCCCGCCCAGGUCACCAUUUGUCCCCCUGGCUGCGAGGCCACCUAUUUUCCUGAAAAGAUCUCCGUUCUAAAAGCCAAACUCAGGCGCGUUUUCAACAAUCAUUAUGGAGCUUUUGACGAUGAUCUGCGUGCCGCUUUCAUCGAGGAGAGUCGCAACGUAUUUCGCCUAAAUAUAGAAGUUGUGCGGACAAUCAAGGGCGUCAAUCGUGCCAAUCUCAGGAAGCUGGCCCUCGCUGUGAUCUUUGUUUCUAGUAUUGUACUGGCCGUAAAGUUUGCCCUUAAGUAAGCCAAGAGAAGAACAAUAAUGUUAGCUCCCCAGAGCAGCUUAGAAUUGUGAUCACACAUUUAUUUAGUCGUUUGUUAAAAUAGUAAAUAUUCCUAUGUACUGCUGA